AUCUUCCAUCCAAGCUCAGGGUGGAUUUCACACUCCCUGGGAUCUGAGUCCAGCCACAGGUCAGAGGCACCCUGGGAUUUGUAAACUUCUGAUUAAGAUUAACCUGCAGCCUUCAUCUCCUACUGGUAUUACUAGACCUCCUUGAACAUAAGGAUUUUAAAAAACUGGUCUGCAGUCAUGCCUCAUGGAACACCUGCCCCACCUAACAAGCGGAAAAAGCCCUCUAAGAUCAUCACUGACCUGUCACAUGUCACUCAAGAUGAGUAUGAGUCAGAGCCUGAGGCGUCAGAGUUUGACCUGGGGACGAAGAUCAAGACUCCCAAGGACACCAUGCUGGAGGAGCUGAACCUCUUCACCAACAAGGGCUCCAAGAUGUUCCAGAGGAGACAGAAGCGUGUUGAGAAGUUCAUAUAUGAGAAUAACCCUGACCUCUUCAGCAGCGAGUCUAUGGAGAACUUCCAGAAGUUGGUCCCCAGCCUGGGUGGCACAAUGAUGUUGGACGCUAAUGGCCACAUGGUGGAAAAAAAGGCAGGCCCUCCUGUGCCCCCUCCCAAACCAGGCAAAGAUGGGCAUGGUUAUGGUCAUGGUCAGGGACAUGAGCAUGAUCAUGAGCAUGGACACCAUGGACAUCACGAUGAUGUUGCUCCAGGAGAACAUGGUCAUGGUAGUCAUGGAGUAGAAGUGGCCUUAGACAAGGCCAAGAAGAGGCAUGAUUUUGUCCCCUCAUACGUAUCACCAUGGGAAAAGGCCAUGAAGGGCAACCAGGAGCUGACAUCCAGCAUGAGAUAUCAUAUGCCAGGCCCCCAUGCCCACCAUGAUCUGCCCAAGUUCAAGUCCUUCAACAGGAGUGCUACACCGUUUGGGGGCUUUGAUAAGGCCUCUCAGCUCAUGACCUUCCAGCUGCCAGACACCCAUGAGGUGGCCCAUGAUGAGCCUGAACUGGCUGUAGUAUACCAGCAAGAGAUUGGCGCUCGACCCUCCUUCAACCGCACUCCUAUAGGCUGGGUGGGGAGCGGUGAGCCCAGCAGCAUCCACAUCGAGUUGGACACCAUGCCCUUCGAUGGGGAGACUGACGACCUGUGAAUAGCAUGCCCCACAGACCCAGAUGUGCAGAUAAAGACCACGCACGAAUAUAUACAAUUACAUAAACAAAAACCAUAACUUUUUUUUUAAAGGUUUGGGAUGCAGUCAGCUUUUCCUUGGGUUGAAUGAAUUAAUAGGAAAGUGUGUAUGAAACGAACCACACAGCUCAAUAUUGGGCUCUUUAAUUUAGACAGAGAGAGAGAGAAGGAGACAAAGUAAACACAAUAGACUACCAUAACUCUGAUUUAUGUUUACACUUCUUUUAUCCUGAUGAUUCAUUUAAGAAGCAUAGUGUAUUGCGCAAUCACACUACAAGUGUGUAGCUUAUUCACAAAGCAGCAACAUAACAUAUGUCCAUGAGGAGAACAGGUAAACACAACGGAGAGUUUGAGUAUUGUUUCGCUUUUCAGCAUGUUGAUGUGUCUCAUUGCUCAUCAGGACAGCCACAAGUUGUUCAUUUAGCUUCUAGCCUUCUACCAUCAUGGCUUUUACUGUAUUUCUGUGUUUUUUUUCUGUGUUUCUAUGCCGCGUUCACUUUUGACAGCUUUGUCAAGCCCCUGCAAAUCCAACCCAUCCUAGGACGCAUGCAAUAAGCAUGAGGUGAGGUGUGUUAAUUUCUGUUGAGUGAUGUUCUACUGCAUCACCCACGUUUUCUCCCUAAUAAACUUUUUCCCAAUUGUA